GGAGAGCGGCUUUCCGGACCUGGAGAAGGAGUUUGAGCCCAACAUUCUCAACUCGACCGUGUACAUCAUCUCGAUCACGCUGCAGGUGGCCACGUUUGCCAUCAACUACCGGGGCCACCCGUUCAUGGAGAGUCUGUGGGAGAACCGGCCGCUGCUGUACAGCAUUGUCGGCUCGCUGGCCGUCGUGUUCGCCAUGGCCAGCUGCGUGAUGCCCGACCUCAACGAGCAGUUCUCGGUCGUCAUGUUCCCGGACGACUUCCGGACGGUGCUGGUGCAGGUGCUGAUGGCCGAUAUCGUGCUCUCCUACAUCGCCGACCGCGUCGUCCGCUUCCUGUUCGGACAGGCGCGCCUGCGACGCGAGCUGCGCACCUGACUGCCGACCAGCUAGGUCCCAGUGGGUCACAGCCGGCCCCGGCGGCGGCAGUCUCCGCUCCCACUAGGUCACAGCCGGCCCCCGGCGGCGACCGGUCGGCGCGCCCGCCCGCCCGCGGCGCCAGUCCCCGCUGCCCGCCGAGCCGUCAGGGACCGUCCCUAGUGGGCUCGUGGUCAGCUGAGCCGGGCCGCCCGACUGCUGGCUGCUCCCGAACGGCUCGGGCAGUGCCGCGGGCGGCGGAGACCGUGAUCGAGCCGGUGAUCAAUGUCCCUGGGCCCGCGGGGCCGUCCGCUCGGGGACCCGGGGGACUGGUUACUGCCCCCUCGGGGACCCAGGGGGACUGGGUACUGCCCCCUCGGGGACCCAGGGGGCCGGUACUACCCCCGUGGCGACCCAGGGGGCCGGUACUACCCCCGUGGGAACCCAGGGGGGCGGUACUACCCCGUGGGGACCCAGAAGGCCGGGACUGUCCCCUCGGCCCUCGGGGACGGCGUGGCGUGUCCCCUCGGGGAGCCGCGGGUCCGCCAUCGGGCAGGCCGCUGCCGCUAUUGGUGUGGGCUAUUUAGGUGUGUGGAAUGGAAUUGGAAUUGGAUGGGGUGUGGGUGAGCGGUGUUGAUCGCGCUUCUGUGGGUUGCGACAGUCGCGGGCGGCGCUUGCCGCUGUCACUGCUGAGAGAUUUGUGCACUGCAACGGGAGUAUGUCGAUGUCAAUAAUAUAACCAUCACUAAG